ACAGGAACAGGAAACCGUUUGUUGGCCGCGGACACAGUCUGUGGGUCUAAGGGUGGUCGGAAAACGCGGUGUCCGGUGGUGGGCACGAGCUCUGAAAUGGUGCACCAUCAAAGCAACAGCGGGGAAAAGUGCUAAAGCUUGACAGCGAAUCGCGAAAUCGUGUGCCUCGUCUGUUCGUCCUGGUCCCCGAAGCGAUAACGGGGCGCGGCAGUGCUCAACGGUGGCAGGCGGGGGCCAGACAGCGGCCGGAAUCGAACGGAAAUGAUAACAACCAAAUACUUUUUUCUACUCGUCCUGAUUACUGCGGGCUUUGUGUUUAUUCUACUCUAUCACUGGUUUUCGGCAAAGGUCAUAGUAGGCGACAGGCUGACGCUGCGCCUCCGUGAAUUGGAAGGCGACGAGCGGCUUGGGAAACCUCCGACGGGCAUCCGGCCAACGGACGAUCUCACGGUCCGAGAGUACGACGAGAAGUUUGUGAUAAUCUACAACCGUGUUCCGAAAACGGGUAGCACCAGUUUCGUCAAUCUAACUUACGAUCUUUGCAAGAAGAAUGCUUUCCACGUACUGCACAUUAACAUUACCGCCAACAUGCACGUACUGUCACUACCGAAUCAGCUCAAGUUCGUGCGCAACAUUACCGCAUGGGACAACAUGAAACCCGCCUUCUACCAUGGACACAUGGCGUUCCUAGAUUUUUCAAAAUACGGUAUGCCCGCGAAACCGAUGUACAUAAAUCUGAUCCGGCAGCCGCUGGACCGGUUGGUUUCGUACUACUACUUUCUGCGCUACGGCGACGACUACCGGCCGUACCUGGUGCGCCACCGGGCCGGCGAUACGAUGACGUUCGACGAGUGCGUCGCCAAGCAGAAACCCGACUGUGAUCCCACGAACAUGUGGCUUCAGAUACCGUUCUUCUGCGGGCACCACGCCGAGUGCUGGAACCCGGGCAGUAGCUGGGCGCUGGAGCAAGCGAAGCGCAAUCUCGUCAGCGAGUACUUCCUGGUGGGCCUGACGGAGGAGAUGGACGAGUUCAUUGAGUUGCUGGAGCUGUCGUUGCCGCGGCUGUACCGCGGCGCGGUCAGUCACUUCCAGAAGUCGAACAAGUCGCACCUCCGCCGGACCAAGUCGAAAGUCGAACCGACCCCGGAAACGGUGGCACGGAUCAAAGAGUCCCCGAUCUGGCAGAUGGAGAACGAGCUGUACGAGUUUGCGCGCGAUCAGUUCCACUUUGUGCAGCACAAGCUACGGAUACCGGGCCGCGGUGUGAUGCAGGACUUUCUGUACGAAAAAAUCAAACCAAAUGUGGCUAGUGCCGCCAAGAACUGAUAUCGGAAACGGGAUCUCCUUAGGCAGCACUACUCGCUGCUGCACUGGCAACAGCGGCACGCGAGGGAGAAGAAGCUCUAGGAGGGACCAGGGACCGGACCGGACCGGAUGAAUGUGGGGUGUGUGAUAUUGUAUGUGUGCGUGUUGUAUGAGUGUACGUGAGUUUGGGGCCGCCGGAUGGCAACGUUUGUUAAUUAAUUGUAACCAUCUUUCUAGCUAAACAGUAAUCAUUCCCUCAUCUGCUCGUCCGAAAAGGCCAUCCAUCAAACUCAUCCCUUUUGGCGAGCGGCCGGCGGACAAGCUUCCCGGUCGCGCUCCUUCGGUUAUUCCAUCACUCCACCAUCUCAUACCUUUCGUGUUCAAUUGUUGAUUCGUUAAUUCGUAAGAUUUGUUUCCGCGGCUUCUCAUUCCUUGACCACACACCGAUGCACCCAAUGGGGCUGGCUCGAUCCGCGGGAGGACGGCACUCAGGGGCACAAUAAAUUCGCUAAAUACUCACGCGUAACAAGCCAUUGAAUAGUACUACACAUAACGAUAAA